UCCGUCUCCCAGCCCAGCUGCACUCCUUUUGAUCAUUCACAUUUCCUCCAAAUGCAUGUUGUCUUUAAUUAAUUGACUGUCUCGUGGAAAGCGAGGUGGGGGAGACGGGCAGAGAACAGCUAUAGCUGCACAAUUAAAAUACAAACCGUCUGCUGAGUUUACUGAAUGCAAGUGCUGAAGUGACUAACAAGCUUUUUUACAGUUAAUGUUUUGCUCUGAGAACAGACCCAGGAGCAGAGAUGGAGGGCAUGGAUUUUGAGGAUGAGAAGUCCAAGAGGUACUGCAUGAAGACAAAGCACGUGGCUGUCAUCUGUGGUGUUGUGGUCAUUGUAGGUCUUGCAGUGGGGCUUGGCGUGGGAUUGAGCAGACCUAAAUCUCAGCAACCUUCAGGGGGAACAGAUCAGCCAACAAACCCUCCUCCCCCAGUGGAUUUGGGUCCCUGUCCUCCUAAAAAUGAUGGGACUGGAGACUGGAGACAUUUUAGGCUACCCACUUAUAUCAAGCCUGUGCACUAUGAUCUGGAAAUGAAGCCUGAAAUGGAGACAGACAUUUACACUGGGACAGUCAGUAUUUCUAUUGCUUUGGAAAAAUCUACCAGCUACCUAUGGCUCCACCUGCGAGAGACCAAGAUUACAGAAAUGCCUACACUCCGGAAAUCCUCAGGACAGCAGAUUGCUCUGAACGACUGCUUUGGGUACAAGCCACAAGAGUACAUAGUGAUGAAGGCAGAAGCAGAACUCUCUGUCACUGAUGAAAGUGAUCCCUAUAUACUCACUCUGAAGUUUCAAGGCUGGCUGAAUGGUUCCCUGGUUGGGUUUUAUAGGACCACCUACACUGAGAAUGGACAGAUCAAGAGCAUUGCAGCUACUGAUCAUGAGCCAACAGAUGCACGGAAAUCAUUUCCUUGCUUUGACGAGCCCAACAAAAAGGCGACUUACAACAUAUCUAUUGUACAUCAAGAUGCGUACCAAGCACUUUCAAACAUGCCAGUACAGAAAACUGUACAGCUGGGCAGUGGCUGGACUCGGACAACUUUUGAGAAGUCAGUUCCCAUGAGCACUUACUUGGUAUGCUUUGCAGUGCACCAGUUCCAGUGGACAGAGAGAAUAUCCGCUAGUGGAAAACCUCUGAGAGUUUACGCCCAGCCACUGCAAAUACACACAGCAGAAUAUGCAGCAAAUGUAACAAAAAUUGUAUUCGACUUCUUUGAAGAGUACUUUAAUUUGAGCUAUUCUCUUCCAAAACUAGACAAAAUAGCUAUUCCAGAUUUCGGGACAGGUGCUAUGGAGAACUGGGGGCUGAUCACAUACAGAGAAACAAACCUACUGUAUGAUCCCAAUGAGUCAGCCACUUCCAACAAACAGAGAGUAGCUGCUGUGAUAGCCCAUGAGCUCGUUCAUCAGUGGUUUGGAAAUAUUGUGACCAUGGACUGGUGGGAUGACUUGUGGUUAAAUGAAGGAUUUGCCAGUUAUUUUGAGUUCCUGGGAGUAAAUGCUGCAGAACCAGAUUGGCAAAUGCUCGAACAGGUUUUAAUUGAUGAUGUGCUUCCUGUCAUGAAGGAUGACUCUUUGCUCUCUUCCCACCCAAUUGUGGUCAAUGUGUCAUCUCCAGCUGAAAUCACCUCUGUGUUUGACGGGAUAUCCUACAGUAAGGGUGCAUCGAUCCUCAGAAUGCUUCGAGACUGGAUUACACCAGACCUCUUCCAGAAAGGCUGUCAGGCAUAUUUGAAGAAACACCAUUUCCAGAAUGCCAAGACACAACAAUUUUGGGAAGCUCUGGAAGCGGCAAGUAAUAAACCUGUGAAGGAAGUCAUGGACACAUGGACUAGGCAGAUGGGCUACCCUGUUUUGGAGAUGGGAGAUAAUUCAGUGUUCACACAGAAACGUUUUCUCUUGGAUCCCAAUGCAAAUGCUUCUCAUCCUCCUUCUGAUCUUGGUUACAAAUGGAAUAUACCAGUGAAAUGGAGACUUGGGAGUUCAACAAAUUAUACUUUCUAUAACACAUCAGAUCCUGCAGGAAUUGUAAUAGCAUCACCUCCUAAUACUUUUGCGAACAUUAAUCCAGACCACAUUGGAUUCUAUCGGGUGAAUUAUGAUAGUCAAAGCUGGGCCAGAUUAAGCAUUCUUCUGGUCAGCAACCACAAAGAUUUUUCAGCUGCUGACCGUGCAGGGAUUUUGGAUGAUGCCUUUUCUUUAGCAAGACCUGGACUCGUGAAUUACACUGUUCCCCUGGAGCUCACAAAAUACCUAACAAAUGAAACAGACUAUUUACCUUGGCAUCGAGUUAUAUCAUCUGUAACUUACCUCGCAAACAUGCUUGAAGAUGACACAAAUCUCUAUCCUCGGUUUCAGGAAUAUUUCCGCUACCUGGUAAAACCCAUUGUGGUUCAACUGCACUGGAAUGAUGCUGGAAGCCAUCUGGAGAGGCUUCUUCGUGCAUCUGUUCUAGACUUUGCCUGCAGUAUGGAUUACACAGACUCUCUGAACAAUGCUUCUCAACUAUUCGAGCAAUGGCUACAAGGAAAAACCAUUCCUGCAAAUCUCCGACUCCUAGUAUAUCGCUAUGGGAUGCAGAACUCAGGCAAUGAGUCAUCAUGGAAUUACAUGUUCAAGAAAUACCAAGAAACUUCAUUAGCACAAGAAAAAGAAAAGCUCCUGUAUGGCCUGGCAUCAGUGAAGAACAUCACCCUUUUGGACAGGUAUCUGAAAUAUAUUUACAACACCAGCCUCAUCAAAAGCCAAGACGUGUUCACAGUCCUUAAAUACAUCUCGUAUAACACCUAUGGGAAAACAAUGGCCUGGGACUGGAUACGACUUAACUGGCAGUACUUAGUUGACAGAUACACUAUCAAUGACAGAAACCUUGGUCGAUUAGUAACUAUCACCCAAACAUUCAACACCGAGCUCCAGCUUUGGCAGAUGGAAAAUUUCUUUGAGAAGUAUCCUAAUGCUGGGGCAGGAGAAUUGCCCAGGAGUCAGUCAAUUGAGCAGGUGAAGAACAACAUUGAAUGGCUAAAAGUAAACAAGGAGGAAAUACGAACAUGGCUAGAAGCACAGCAAGGCCCUUGAAGUCUUACUUUGUUAAAAAUACCAGGCACUCAUUCUAGGCACUCAGAACCUCAGAGAUAUUUAGCAAUGUGGAUUUCUUACCUAGGUACCUUAGAGGACCAAGGCCUAAUAUUUUUUCUACAAACAUUCAGGAGACCACUGCCAGAGCAAUGUUUGUGUAGUUGCUGAUCCCAGAUCCUGCCAGCACUUAUGUGCAGGAAUAGCUUUAUAUUUUGAGGGAUGAAUUUGCCUGAACAAACAGGACAAAUGUUUCAAGUUACUCAAGGCAUAAGUGAUGGCAGAACUGGGGUCCUUGCUGAUCAAGCUGGUCUCACUUCUUCCACAUACCACUCUGAAAAGCUACUUCUUGGUUCGCACAGAAGUGUAUCUAGUACAGUCAGGGAUUUCUUUCCAAGUGCACCUCAUAGGAGCUUU